AGCGGUAACUAUCAUCCACUAGCCAAGCCGAUUCCAUACCACAGCUGUAGCUACUCUAACUACUGCUAUUCACCUUUGCUAUUCACCAUUGCGGUUACCUACCAUUGCGGCUAUCAUUGCCAUUGCCAUUGCCAUCCCACCACACAUCCUAUUGUCUCUCUGAUACUCUCGAGCUCCACGACACGCACACGAUACCUAUGACGACGCUCACGCAACUCGACCCGCUGCCCGAAUCGCUACCGUUCGAGAUAAUCUCGAAGACGAUAGGGCGGGGGGCGUAUGCCGCCGUGAAAAAAGGGCGUUCAGCACAGGGCGUAUUCGCGGCCAAGUUCAUCCACAAGCAGCACGCUCUAGAGCGGGGACGGAUCUCGCCGCGCCAGCUGAAGUUCGAGGUCGAGCUGCACAAGCUCUCUUCCGGCCACGGCAACCUCAUCGCCUUUUACGGCUGGGGCGAGGAUGAUGUCUGGCUCUGGAUCGCUAUGGAGUUUGCGGAUGGCGGAGACCUCUUCGAUAAGAUUGAGGCGGACGUCGGCGUCAGUGAGGAUGUGGCGCAGUUUUAUUUUGCCCAGCUAGUCUCGGGACUCGCGUGGAUGCAUGGGAAGGGGGUCGCGCAUAGGGAUUUGAAGCCGGAGAAUAUAUUGCUCGACGGUAAUGGGAAUCUGAAGAUUGCGGACUUUGGGCUGGCGGUGCUGUUUCAAUAUCAGGGUAAAUACCGCGAGUCGACGUCGGUGUGCGGGUCGCCACCGUAUGUUGCACCGGAAGUGAUCGCAGGCAAGUACCGCGCCGACUCGGUCGACAUUUGGUCGUGCGGAGUGGUCCUGUUCACGUUGCUGGUGGGGAAUACCCCAUGGGACGAACCAACGAGUCGGUCGGCGGAGUUCGAGAUGUACCUCGAGUCCGGCGGAAGGCCGACCUACGACCCGUGGCCUUCGGUUCCUCUUGAGGCUCUGUCAUUACUACGAGGCAUGAUGGCUCUUGACCCCAAGGCACGGUUUACGUUGGAGCGGGUGAGGGACCAUCCCUGGUUCACGAAACCCAAUCCUCACCUGGCCCGCAACGGUCUUUGCAUAAACGGGGUCAACCUAGCCACAAAGAUGAUGGAGAACCUUCACGUGGAUUUCACCAAGGCGCCGUUCUCCAGCCGCUCACGGCAUCAGCUCGAUGAUUCCAGUCGUAUGGCGUCCACACAGCCCGUCAUAUCGGCCCGUGCGCCAGCGACAGAUGUAGAUUUUGCAUGGGAGAGGCCACACCACCACAUGUUUGCCUCGCAGCCCACAGAGGCACAGCAGGAAUUCGACUCCCAGACUCUAUGGGCGAGUCUUGCUGAAGACCCCACCAUGAGCCAGUUCGCGCUGCAACCACAUCUAUCCGUGUCUUUGACACAAAACGCGCGGCACUUCCGCGACAUCUGCCCGGCCCAGCGGCUGACGCGCUUCUUCUCGUCGUACUCGUUCCGGCAGAUCCUGCCGAUCCUGUCCAGCGCUUUACACCGCAUGGGGAUCAUCAUCGCGCCGUUCAAGCCUUCUGACUACGAAGACGCCAACACCGAGACGUGGAUCUCGGUGCGAACCGAGGACCGCCGCCGAUGUCCGCUGCGCGGCGAUAUCAUCGUCGAGCGCCUGGCGCAGGAUAUGCUGCAGGUCACGUUCUCGAAAAAUGUGGGCGACCCCCUCCAGUGGAGGAGGUUCUUUAAGGAGGUCACUGUGCUCUCGAAGGAGGCCGUCUUUACCGGCUAUGGACAGAGGGUCGGCCCGUCGGGGGCGGCGGCGACGCAAGUUUAAAGUAGGUACUUAAGCAAGUGCUUUAUGUAUGUAGAUACCUAGAAUUAUUUACGGUUUGAUGCGAGUGUGGG